CCCCCGCCGGCGUGUUGCGCCCCUGCGCCGGCAUGCCGCACGCCCCUUUGCGCCGCCCAUCCACCGCCCAGCCUCGCGCCCCUCCGUCUCUCCACCCCUCCGCGCGGCAUGCGCGCACCACUUUGUUCCGCCCCUCCACACCCAGUCCCACGUCGCUCCCCUGCGCUCCUCCUGCUCCCAGUCGGCGUGCUGCUCCCUUGCGCUCCUCCGCACAGCUCGCGAGCUCUACCUGAGGACGAAGAAACUGAGAUGGCAGUGAGGAGAGGAUGUGGGAUAGAACGGUGGUGGGCUGGACCUUGUUGGAUUCCAUCUAACAAUUCCAUUUACAUUCAAACAAUUGUUUUGGCAUUGUAACUGAUUUCUAAUGCCAGUCUGUUUUGGUAUUGAAUCCAAUUCAAUGUAAACCCUCCAAUAUCGACAUCCAAACGGACCCUAAAUGUGGAAUGUGGAGAUAUUACCAUGACGUCCUCCUCGCCGGACACCUCCUCCUCGCCGCCGCACUUUCCCGCUUAGAUAGCCGCCGCAACUGCAAGGGUUUGUACUGCGGAACUGCAAGGGUUUUGUAACCCUAAUCUCUCAGUUCUUCGAUCCCCAUGCCCCAGCCGCCCUCGCUAGCCGCCAGAGUCCUAGGCGCAAACUCCGCACGACGCAGCGCGCGGUGCCGCUUAUCCUCGUCGGUCAACGCGCCAAGCUCCUACAUCCCUCCCUUGCGUGCAGCAUCCAGGGGACCCCCCGGCAAGACAUCGCUGCCUGGUACCUCGAUCUGCAGGAAAGAUGGCUAUUGCCGUGUUGCGUCUCCUUUUUCUCGUCCUGCUAGUGAACAGAAGAGUUUGAAAGAUGGUAGCAGGUAAGAGAGCUGCUGCUGAUCCCACGAAAUCCUCAAAUGAGAAUAAAAGAACAUGCAGUGCGGAAGGAGGGACGACUGAGUCAUUGAUUUCAGAUGAAUUAUGCUGCGACUAUCAACGUAUACAGAGUGAGUUGGGUGAACAAGUUUCAACAGAUCUGUUUAGAAGUGUUGCCACACUUGUUUUGUCUCAUGGACACGAAGUGCUAUUUGCAUGCUCUGGCGUAGCUAUAGAACGCCGGAGGCUCUUCACAAGGUUUGUUACUGCAGCAAGUUUGGUUAGAGCUUUACAUAGUGACGUUAAGAUUGAUGUGUGCUAUGAAGGAAAAAUUGUCAUAGGUGUUCUGGAAGACUUCGAUUUGGAUCAUAAAAUUGCUUUUGUCCAAGCUAUGGAAAACCUUGAUGUUUAUUGCGUACCUCUCAAUCCUGUUGUGGAAUGGAUGCCGGAGACUGCGGUAGUAGCAGUCGCCCGAGACGUAUCUGGGAAACUAAUGGCGACAACCGGCAAACUUGAACGUUCAGAUGGUGAAGCUGGUGGUCAUCAUAUUAUGUUCUCUACUACUUGUAAACUACCUGAGGGUUGGCAGGGGGGUGCGUCUUUUGAUUUUGAUGGGAACUUUGUUGGCAUGAACCUUGAUUUGGAUAUGAGAUUACCCAUUAUCUUGCCAAGGAGUACAAUUCUUGAACGGUGGAAGCAUUUACGUACGCCUCAAAGGGUAUCAUGCUUAUUUUUUCAAGGUGUGAAACCCUACUCCCGUCCUCAAGGUGGCAUCGCUUUGCUUAAUGCUCAUCAUGAUCCUUUUGGUGAUGUGUGUCCUGAUGGUGUCUGGCCGUCUGGGGUAAAUUCGAUAAAAGUUUUUCUCUUAUCUUAUCAAAAAAGUGUUGUUGCACUUGCUUCGUUCAAUGGAGGAACAAAGUUUUUUUCAUGCACAGGAUUUUUCAUUAACUUUGAUGAUGAAUGUCAGACUAUUCUGACUUCAGCAACCUUGGUUAGGGAUCCUGAUGGUUCAAAUAAGAUUGUUGAGGGCCUGAAGAUUAAGGUGUUGCUUCCAAACAAUCAAAGUAAAGAAGGGAAGCUGAAACAUUGUAGUUUACAGUACAAUGUUGCGCUAGUCAGGGUGUGUUUAGAUCCAAAAUUUUGCAAAAAACUGUAAAGGCCAAAAGUUGGAUGUAAAACUUUACAUUUUUUGUGUUUACAUGCAUUUAGUUGGAUGGCUCA